AGGCGAAGAUCAUAUUAUUAUUAUUAUUGCUUCGAUUCGAUUCUUCCCACCUCAGCGGAAUCCAAAGGCAACAAUUAACUACGUUGAAACCUUUACCUUUUAAAUCCUAACCCUUCUCACUGUUACUCUCCGCCUCUCUCUUCUUCCAAAACCUCUUUCCCUCCCUCCGUUAGGGUUUUGCGGAUCUCGAUCUCUUCCAAAUUCCAAUGGACCUUCGCAAGCGUGGAAGGCCCGAUUCCGCCGUUACCCUUAACGGCGCCGUUAAGAAGACCAAGCAAGAAUUGGAGUCCUUAUCAAGUGGUGUAGGAAGCAAAUCGAAGCCAUGUACCAAGUUUUUCAGCACUGCCGGUUGUCCAUUCGGUGAGGGCUGCCACUUCUUGCAUUACGUUCCCGGUGGUUAUAAUGCGGUUGCCCACAUGAUGAAUUUAAAACCUGCUGCUCCUCCACCAAGAACGGUUGCUGCACCACAACCGGUCCCAAAUGGUUCUGCACCAUCUGCUGUUAAAACCCGCAUAUGUAACAAGUUCAAUACUGCUGAAGGAUGCAAAUUCGGUGACAAGUGCCAUUUUGCCCAUGGUGAAUGGGAACUUGGCAAACUCAUUGCUCCAUCUAUGGAUGAUCAUCGGCCAUUGGGACCUCCGGCAGUGGGUCGUAUGGCUGGUCGAAUUGAGCCUCCUCCUGGUUUGGCCGCUAGCUUUGGUGCCAUUUCAACUGCCAAAAUUAGUGUAGAAGCUUCCCUGGCUGGAGCGAUCAUUGGGAAGGGUGGUGUGAACUCAAAGCAGAUCUGUCGCCAAACCGGAGCAAAACUUUCAAUACGAGAGCACGAAUCGGAUCCAAAUCUUAGAAAUAUUGAACUUGAGGGGACGUUUGAACAGAUUAAGGAAGCAAGCAACAUGGUAAAAGAUUUACUAGUGACUGUGUCAAUGUCUGCUCCACCGAAAUCCACCCCAGGUGUUCCUGGAGCCCCUGCACCACCUGGAAGCAACUUCAAGACCAAGCUGUGUGAUAAUUUUGCAAAAGGAUCUUGCACCUUCGGAGAGAGAUGUCACUUUGCACAUGGAGCUGCUGAAUUGCGCAAGACGGGAGUAUGAUUUUGUUUUUCCAUCUUUUGUAUUAGCCAGGGCUAUUACUAUUAUUGCUGUUGAUGUUGUUGUGCAUUGCUACUUAGUGGGACUGACAUUACUUUUUCUCGUUAUAGUUUUAUCGUACUAAGUUAAUUUUCUAAACUACUUUUUGCGAUUGCAAAUGAGUAUAAUGCUUUCCUCGA